GUUUGGCUGCCGCCAGAGUAGCAGCAGGCAUACAUUCAGUCGAUUCGAGAGAGUUGAACCUCUCGUUGGCACGCCGUUUGAAUAUAUCGAGAGGGAAAAAGAGAGAUAGAGAAAGAGGGACAAAAAUAGAGAGAGAGAGAGAGAAAGAAGGACAGAAAUAGAGAGAGAGGGAGAGAAAUUGAGUAAGAAAGAGAGAGAAAAGGAGUGUGUGUAUGUGUGUGUUAGUGUGAGAGUGAGAGAGAUAGUACUAUACACAUACAACAAGAGAGUCAGAUCAUGAAAGUGCUCCGUCAGGCGAGAGCUUCACUAGUAUAGUACUGUCAGUGCAGUGAGCGCGAAACGAUUAUAAAACACGGCUCUAAACUGGCAUUUUACUCUCGUGUUGUCGCGUUUUUAAAAAACAUAAUAAUAAUAAUAAUAAUAAAGAGAAAAAAAAAAUUAUUUUCAAAAAAUAAAAUUAAAUUCGUUUCCCUGACUACCUUUUGAUAAAAAAUAAAAAAAAAAAAUAAUAAUAUAUAUACCGACCUGUGCCAGGAACCUGGGACUCGGGAGGAGCUCUCCUGUCCUCUAUAUAGGAUUAUUUCAUUUUUAAACGACAGAUUAAUAAAGACGAGGAAAAAUUUGGAGGCAAAGAAAAAUGGGCCCUAAUCGGUGGGACUGUUCAUCAGGCCCCGUGCAGGUCUCUAUUUUAUCAACAAGGACGUGGGGCAGGUCUCGACAUCGUCUCUCGUGAUACUCAAGAACCCGAAUUAUUUUUUCGGGGAACACUUCGUUCCCAAUUUAAAUAAGUGAUAAUUUCCCCCUGCCCCCCCCCAAAAAAAAUCAUUUCCCCCUCAUCUUAACAAAAAAAAAAAAAUCGUAAUCGUCAAAAAAUAGUGCGGUAGUGAUUUUUUUCUUGGUUACAAAAAAAAAAUGAAAGUGAAGGAAAGGUUUUUUCCUUAAAAAAAAGUGAAUGAGUGCAGUUUUUUUUUUUUUUAAAAAAGGGGUGUGGCGUUAAGUGUUCUAUAGCGUGAAGUGUGUGCUUCUUUGUCAGUUUUCCCCCUCACUUCUCUCUUUUUCACCAUCCACCCACUCCCCUUUUUUCCACUUAAUAAAGAAAAAAAAAAAAAAAAACCAAGGAAUCAUGAAACUGACGAGGAAUCGACAACCGGAACCGCUUUCACGGUUUUGCCGGUCUCUACUUAUUUUGCUACUAUUUUUUACCGAGGUUACUUAUUCAGCAGAUUUGGCCAUUCAAAUACCGGGUAAUUUAAGUCAGGGUGGCUCAUGGUACCGAUUGGAUUAUAGUCCAGGAAUUGGUUAUCCACGGCCAAAUACAACAAUUGCUGCCACCGAUAUUGGGGAUGUUAUUUACUUCCGGGAUGGUUUACCAGGGACUAAAUAUGAAUUUUGGCUUUACUAUAGUAAUGGAACAUUUCACGAUUGGCUCACAUGGACUGCCUCAAUCACAACUCCUCCCGAUCCACCGUCAAAUUUGACUGUAUCAGUACGUAAUGGAAAAUCAGCAAUUGUCUAUUGGUCACCACCUGACAAGGGAAAUUACACGGGUUUUCGUUUAAGGGUACAAAGUUUCAAUGACGCUGCAAAUCCCUGGACCAGAAUCAUUCCCUCGGAUGCUGUACCAUAUACACUCAAGGAUCUAACACCGGGAGCAACUUAUUCCCUUCAACUAUUCACCGUCUUAGAUUCCAAAGAGAGUGUCGCUUACACCAGCAGAAAUUUCACUACCAAGCCAAACACUCCAGGGAAGUUCAUCGUGUGGUUUCGAAAUGAAACAACUUUAUUGGUCCUCUGGCAACCGCCUUAUCCGGCUGGGAUUUAUACGCAUUAUAAAGUCAGCAUUGAUCCUCCGGAUGCUAUCGAACCAGUCCUUUAUGUUGAGACUGAAGGCGAACCUCCAGGACCAGCGCAAGCUGCCUUCAAGGGUCUUAUUCCCGGCAGAGCCUAUAAUAUUUCCGUGCAAACCGUCUCAGAAUAUGAAACCUCAGCACCAACAACAGCACAAUAUCGAACAGUUCCAUUGAGGCCAUUAAAUGUGACCUUUGACAAAGCUUCAAUCACAUCAACAUCAUUUCGUGUCUAUUGGAAUCCUCCAAAUGGAACUUCUGAAUUUGACAAAUAUCAAAUUACACACGGUGGUAAUAGACGAUUUACACCAGUCACACGUAAUAAAGAUGAAGAAUGUCGAUGGGAAUUUAAAGAUUUAGAACCCGGUAAAACAUAUCAAGUUGUGGUGAAGACAAUUUCUGGAAAAGUUACAAGUUGGCCGGCAAGUGGCGAUGUUGUUCUCAAGCCUUUGCCAGUUCGAGAUCUUAGGGCGGAAAUUGAUGAAAGAACUUGGAUGGUGGAAGUUUCUUGGACUCCAGAAAAUUCCAGUACACAAGAUAGUUAUAAACUUCAAUAUCACGAAGUAGAGUCAACAAUUGGGGGCGAUAGCAACAGUUUAAUUACAGAUAAAACAAGAGUGACACUUGAGGCAUUACUACCUGGUAGAAAUUAUUCAAUAAUUGUACAAGCGAUAAGCAAUAAAAUUGAAUCAAAUGAAACAAUUUUAUAUCAAGCAACACGUCCAUCGAGUCCAAUAAUUGAGGAUUUAAAAUCAAUUGAAAAAGGAUUAAAUAUAUCAUGGAAGAGCGAUGUGAAUUCACGUCAAGAAAAAUUUGAAGUAACACACAAUCGAAAUGAUACUGGUGAAAGUGCAACUACAUUAACAACUGAAUCACAUAUUGUCCUCGAGGAUCUUUAUCCAGGUGCCGGAUAUGAGGUCAAGGUCUUUGCCAUCAGUCACGGCCUAAGAAGUGAACCUCAUGAUUAUUUCCAAGCAGUUUUGCCGCAUCCGCCGAGAAAUUUGAGUGUUGAAAAAGUGUCAACAAAUACGGUGCUUGUACAUUGGGAAGCGCCGACAGAUUCAAUAUUUUCCGAAUAUGCAAUCAGAUAUCGAACUGAAGACGAUCCACGAUGGGUGAAACUUCCAAGCGUGAAAGAAACGGAAGCGGAAGUUGCUGACAUGACGCCUGGCGAACGAUAUACAAUUCAAGUGAAUACUAUCAGUUUUGGAGUUGAGAGUCUCUAUCCACUUCUUGUUAACCACACAGUUCGACCAAAUCCGGUAUUAAAUGUAAAUCCAGUAAUUGAUUCGACAAAUGUGACACUUGAAUGGCCAAGACCUGAGGGAAGAAUUGAAUUUUAUGCAAUGAAAUGGUGGCCAAUUGAUAAUCCCGAUGAUGUAAGAUUUAAAAAUGCAUCGGAAAGCAGUGAAAUUGCUGCAAUUGGUUACGAUGAAAAUAUCAUUCACACGGAGAAAAUUCUCAUUAGUGAUUUAAUGCCGGGUGUAAAAUAUUUUUUUAGUAUAUUCACUGUCUCAUAUGAUCUUGUCAGUGAUAUAACAAAUUUAACAACAAGAACAAUGCCUUUGAUUCAAUCGGAAGUUGUUGUUGUUGUGGAUCGCGAUUUACCAGAUUCAUUGACAUUAAGAUACACGCCAACGCCAAUUUUAUCCUCACGCUUUGAUUUAUAUCGAUUUCGUAUAAGCGAUAAAAUUAAUACGACUAAGGAAAAACCAUUGACUGAUCCCGAUACAAAGGUGACUUUCUCUGGAUUAAUACCAGGUAGGCUCUACAAUGUGACAAUGUGGACCGUCAGCGAAAAUGUCGAGAGUCGUCCACUAUUUCGUCAAGAUCGUCUCUAUCCAGAGCCAGUGACAGCGAUUCAUGCAUUAGAAUUAAAUGACACAAAAAUAACUCUCACAUGGGAUAUACCACGUGGUGAAUAUGAUGCAUUUGAAGUGCAAUAUAUUAAUACCGAUGGGAAUUAUGUACAAAAUAUAACAUCAGGAAAUGCAAUUACAAUAUCGGAUUUGAAACCACAUAGAAAUUAUACAUUCACCCUUGUGGUGAGAUCGGGUACUGAAUCAAAUUAUUUACGUAGAUCAAAUCCAAUAAGUGCAAGUUUCACGACAAGUGAAUCUUUUCCUGGGAGGGUUGAUAAAUUUAAUCCCACUGAUAUUCAACCAAGUGACAUCAGCUUUGAAUGGUCGCUACCAAGUCAAGAUCAAAAUGGCAUCAUACGCAAGUUCAGCAUCAUUUAUGGCAUGGAGGGUUCAUCGCAUUCGCAAACACGUGAUUUUAGACCAAAUGAAUUUCGUGGCAUUAUCAAAAAUUUGAUACCAGGAAAAACUUAUGUUUUUAAAAUUCAAGCCGAAACAAAAAUUGGUUUUGGUCCCGAGGUAAUUUGGAAGCAAAAAAUGCCAAUAUUGGCACCGCCAAAACCACCAACGCAAGUUGUGCCAUCUGAAGUUUGUCGCAGCAGUACAACAAUACAAAUUCGUUUUAGAAAAAAUUAUUUUAGCGAUCAAAAUGGUGCUGUGACAUCGUACACAAUAAUUGUCGCCGAAGACGAUAGUAAAAAUGCAUCUGGUCUUGAAAUGCCAAGAUGGAGAGAUGUUCAGGCAUACAGUAUAUGGCCACCAUAUCAGAUUAUGGAGCCGUAUUAUCCGUUCAAGAAUGGAUCAGUGGAGGAUUUUACGAUUGGAUCAGAAAAUUGUGACAAUAAACCUGGUUACUGUAAUGGUCCACUUAAGUCGGGAUCAACUUAUCGUGUCAAAGUGAGAGCUUUCACUGCUCCUGAUAAGUUCACGGAUACCAGUUACAGUUUUCCAAUUCAAACAGAUAAGGACAAUACCGCAAUUAUUGUUGGUGUAACUGUGCCAAUUGUUUUGCUGUUGUCAUUACUUGGAAUUGGAUUGAUUGUCAGACGACGACGUAAUCAGGGGAGAAAAACAACUGAGACAAGAGUAACGGACGAUUUAUCAUUGCCUGAUAGUGUCAUUGAAACCAGUCGUCCAAUUCGAGUGGAGAAUUUUGCCGAACAUUAUCGAAUAAUGUCAGCGGAUUCUGAUUUUCGAUUUUCGGAAGAAUUCGAAGAAUUAAAACCUGUGGGUAGAGAUCAACCGUUUAGCGCUGCUGAUUUGCCCUGCAAUCGACCAAAGAAUCGUUUUACAAAUAUUUUACCAUACGAUCAUAGCAGAUUUAAAUUGCAACCAGUCGACGAUGAAGAGGGUUCUGAUUACAUUAAUGCCAAUUAUGUUCCUGGUCACAAUUCCCCGAGGGAAUUUAUAGUCACGCAAGGUCCUUUGCAUUCAACUAGGGACGAUUUUUGGCGAAUGGUUUGGGAAAGUAAUAGUCGUGCAAUUGUAAUGUUAACGCGUUGCAUUGAAAAGGGUCGUGAAAAAUGCGAUCACUAUUGGCCAGUUGAUACACUUCCGGUUUAUUAUGGCGACAUAUGUGUUACAAUUUUGAACGACUCACACUAUCCCGAUUGGAGUAUUACUGAAUUUAUGCUCUGUAGGGGCGAUUCAAAGCGAGUCAUUCAACAUUUUCAUUUUACAACGUGGCCAGAUUUUGGCGUUCCUAGUCCACCGCAAACAUUGGCGAGAUUUGUUCGUGCAUUUAGAGAACGUGUACGACCUGAUCAGAGGCCAAUUGUUGUUCAUUGUAGCGCUGGAGUUGGACGUAGUGGUACAUUUAUAACAUUGGACAGGAUAUUGCAACAAAUAUUAGUAUCCGAUUAUGUUGAUAUUUUUGGAAUUGUUUGGGCAAUGAGAAAGGAGAGAGUUUGGAUGGUACAAACUGAACAGCAAUAUAUUUGCAUUCAUCAAUGUUUAUUGGCAGUAUUGGAGGGUCAAGACACAACUGGACCACCACGUGAAAUUCAUGAUAAUCAAGGUUUUGAGGGAAAGAAUCAAAGUUCAGUCGAAAAUACUAAAUGUCCAGGGGAUGAUGAGAAGGAGAGGUGACCUUCGAACUGCGAAAACUACUCCGAUGAUGACGAGGGAAUCGCUGAGUCAGGAAUGUGAAAACAUUUUUUGAAAGCUGAUAUUUAAUUCAGUCAAGAAACAAGAGGAAAUCUUGGAUUUAUUCGCGGGCACAAAUUGUGGAUAUGAAAGAAAAUGGAAAACAAAGAGACACAAAACACGUGGGCAAAAAAAAAAAAUAAUUGUCUUUUCAACAAGGACGGAAAAUGAAUUUUUUUUUUUUUUUGAAAAAAUUCGAUAGGAAAUUAGGGAAAAUUUAUUUCUUUUUCUCGAAAAAAGGAAAUAAAAAAUUAGAUAAAAAGAGGGAAAGAAAAAAUUCGAAAAAGGGAAAUGGAUAAAUAAAGAAAUUACGAAGGAAAAAAAAAGGAAAAGAUAAAGAAAGAAAGAAAAAUAGUCAAAAAAUAAAAUAAUUUUUUAAAACAAAUCUAUAUAUACAUAUAUUAUAUAUAUGUAUAUUUAAAAAAAGAAUUUUCGAGAAUAUUAUAAUAAUUUGAAAGAGAGAAAAAAAAAUGUUUUUCACAAAAAACCUAAUGGAAAAUUUUAAAAAUUUUCAAUUUUUAAAUAAAAAAACAAUUUUUAAAAAAAGUCAAUUACAUAAACAUUUCUUAAAUAAAUCUUUUAUAAAAAAAAAAAUAUUUGAAAAAAGUUUUAAAAACUAAAAACAAAUGACAAACUGGACGAUUUUUCAUUUGUCGAAAAAUCUCGUAAUUUAAUUUUUCUCUUCCAGUUGAUCUCAAUAUCUCUCUCUCUCUCUCUGUCCGUCCAGGAAUUGUGCAUAUUUUACAAAAAAAAAACAAAGAAGCCAAUAACGAUUUUUAAAAAAAUCGUUGCGCCUAGAAUCUCUUUAUAAACGAUCGAUUUUUCUUUCAUUAAAAAAAAAUAAACUUAACAAAAAAAAAAUCGAGUCAGUGGGAACAAGAAACUCGCAUCUUCUUAAAACGCCAUAAUCAUAUCAUCUCCCUUGAUAAAAAU